AUGUUUAAGUGGUUCUUUAUAUUGUUCGCAAUUACUUCUUCGAAAUACAUCAGAAUAAGUUUGACUGGUAAUAUUACAACUCUCAAAUACGCAAGUUCGUUGGCACUCCCAGGAGAUAUCAUUGAGUUUGAAAGUGGAAACUAUCCACCCCAACAUGUUGCAAAACGCACGUAUGGAGCUUUUGAUAACCCUAUUAAAAUCCGACCAGCACUGAACGCAAAAGUAGUGUUUGAAACAGCAACAAGUCAGACUUAUGCAUUCAAUAUUCCCGACUCCUCAAAUAUUGAUGUCGAAGGUCCGUUCAUUGCACGAAGUGCUACACAACAAACUGUUGCAGCAGUUAAUUGCACAAACAUUACAAUGUCUGGUUUUAGUAUAUACAACUCGACAAGAUGGGCGAUGUUUGCCUCUGGAACAAACAUCACUAUACGCAACAACUAUGCUGACGGCUGUGUAUUAGAAAAUGAGCACUGCAAAAGUGAGAAAUUUGUGCAAUGUUUUGGAACGGGUGUUGUUACAUACGAUGGUCCAAUCCUGUCUAAAUUAAUUACUUUUGAGAAUAACGAAAUUACACAUGCCUGGGGAGAAGGCAUCGACUUCAUAUUUUGCACAGAAUGUGUUGCUCGUAAUAAUUACAUCCACGACGUAUUCCCUUCAAUGAUCACAGUCGACAAUGCUAAAAACCUUCUCAUUGAAAACAACAUCCUCAGAUUCUCGAAUGGACCACUUUGCCCAGAACAAAACCAGUAUCAUGCAAUAGCAAUUGGAGAUGAAGAUUGGCCGCCUGUCUAUGUCUCCACAACAAACAUCACUGUAAGAAAUAAUUUCAUUUGGGGAGCUAGAUUUGGUGUAUCUUAUUGGGGAUGGAGCCCAGUGGCAUAUUACAGCGAAAUAACUGUUGCCCAGAACACGUUCUUCAACAUUUCUGGACUUGCACUUGCGUUCCAAGCAAAGUGCGUUGUGGAAGGAGCUGCGAAGAACAACCAAUUUAAGAACAAUUUCAUAUACUCAAAUUACAAUUUGUACGCCGCACUUGUGCACCAAAACGAGUUGAAUAGCUGGAACAUUUCGGAUAAUGUCUAUUAUGAAGGGUGUAAGAAUUUUUUGAAAGACUCGUGGAAUGGCACCGAUGGAAAUGCACAUUCAAUACACUUGACUCAAAACGAGACUUCAGUCCUCAAAUUGUGGAAUGGUGGAAAGUAUGGAAAUUGUACCAACGAAAGUUAUUUCAAAUGGGAUGUCCCAACGUACUGUUUUGUGCCUCAUAAUAAGUCGUUACUUUAUCACAGUGGUGUGUAUGUUACAUACUAUGACCUUGAUGCAAAGAUGAACAAAGACUUUUAUGGAUGUGUGAGAAGUAAUAUAAAGCCAAGUAUAGGGGUAGCAGAAGGUCAAUUUGAUUGUGUUUUAGUUGAAGGAUCUUAUACAUGUUAUGUAUACGUGUUGUUGUCUGCUAUUUUCCUUAUUAUUUAA